UAAUUACCUCCGUAACUGUGACGUGUAAACAUGGGAAUAGGAUGUCAGCUGACCCACAGCGUUACUCUCUGUCACUCUGUUACUCGCCUUAGUGUAGUUGUACUGGGCGCAGUAUUACCUGAGAUACCUAUGCCGAUAGCGUAGGGUUGUUAUGCUACGGAGGGAACGAGCUGGCGUAGGGGCACCCGAAUCUCCAUGGCGGCAGAAGUACAGCCCACACCUCAGGCUCGGAAACCCGAGCUGCUUAAUAAGAUAGAGGCUUCUCAGGAUAUAGUGAACACGGCGGUUAUUAUUCCUAAGGAAGACGGGGUCAUCAGUGUGUCGGAGGACAGGACUAUUCGAAUAUGGCUGAAGAGGGACAGUGGUCAAUACUGGCCAAGUGUCUAUCACACCAUGCCAGCACCUUGUUCCUGCAUGUUCUUCAACCCGGAGACCAGGCGUCUGUCGGUGGGCAUGGACAACGGUGUGGUUUCCGAAUUCAUCGUCUCUGAGGACUACAACAAGAUGACACCUGCCGGAACGUACCAGGCCCAUCAGGGCAGAGUGACGGUGGUACUGUUCGUUCUGGAGAUGGAGUGGGUCCUCAGCACAGGGCAGGACAGGACCUUCGCCUGGCACUGCUCAGAGAGUGGACAGCGUCUGGGGGGCUACCGCACCACCGCCUGGGUUUCCGGGCUACAAUUUGACGUGGAGACGAGACACGCCUUUGUGGGUGACCAUUCCGGCCAGGUGACCAUACUGAAGCUGGAGCAGGAUGACUGUAGCCUGGUCACCACCUUCAAAGGACACACAGGCAAUGUGACUGCGCUGUGCUGGGACCCAGUGCAGCGCGUGCUCUUCUCAGGGAGCUCGGACCACUCCAUCAUCAUGUGGGACAUCGGUGGUCGCAAGGGCACAGCCAUCGAGUUGCAGGGACACAAUGAGAAGGUACAGGGCCUGUGCUAUGCGCCACACACACGCCAGCUGAUCUCCUGCAGCUCUGACGGGGGCAUUGUCAUCUGGAACAUGGAUGUGAAGCGGCAGGAGACCCCCGAGUGGCUGGACAGUGACUCCUGCCAGAAGUGUGAGCAGCCUUUCUUUUGGAACUUCAAGCAGAUGUGGGACAGCAAGAAGAUCGGCCUACGGCAGCACCACUGCAGGAAGUGUGGCCAGGCUGUUUGUGGCAAGUGCUCCUCCCGCCGCUCCAGUAUCCCCCUCAUGGGCUUCGAGUUCGAGGUUCGGGUCUGUGACAGCUGCUACCAGUCAAUCACUGAUGAAGACCGAGCUCCGACGGCCACCUUCCACGACAGCAAGCACGGCGUCGUCCACAUGCACUUUGAACCCACCCGUGGCUGGCUGCUCACUUCCGGGGUGGACAAGGUCAUUAAGCUCUGGGACAUGACUCCAGUGGUCUCCUGAAGCAUCCUCUGACAGGUUUGGUAGAAGAACACCGUGAGGAAAAACAUUAACAGCCAUGGGAACCACAGUCACAACUUCCAGAAAAGACUGGAACAACAUGAACAUGCUGUUUUUGGGUUUGUAUUUGUCCCCCCCCUUUCAGACCCUCUGCGCGGAACUGCCUGCUGAUUGAUUGGUCAAAUGAAAUUUUCUCUUUAUACAUACUAGCCAUUUGUCUCCAUGGAAAUUGAACUAUCCAUAAAAGGGGAGUGAGUAUGUAUGGAUCUAAGCUAUGUAUGCUUUCAAAGGAGCAGAACAUUCUGAAAGGGAACUGCACUCUAAUUUUUGGGGGUCACAAACUGUUGAUCCACAAGGGGGCAGCAUAGCUGUCAGUUGGUCAUUGGCACCUCAGCACUGUGUCGAAUGUGUCGAAUAGCUGCCUUUCCAUGCUUCCACAUUAUCAGUUGGCAGCCACUUAACCUCAGCUGUAUUAUAUUAAUAGAUGUAUUUACACAUGCUAAGUAUUUAUUUGUCUAAAGUUUUCAUGAGGUGCCUCCCUCCAAACACGUGAUACUUCAGAGGAACAGAUACUGAAUUUGCUCAACAGACAUCAGGGAUCAAAGGAAAAGAAGCAAGAACUACAAUCUGUUUCAGCUUCUGGAUUUUUACAAGAGCUUCAGUUUGAGACAAACCUUGAGGUCAGUGGGGAGGACAAGAGUGUUACUAAGAUGAUGGCAGUAACCAUGCUUUGUUGAUGAUGUUAAAUGAUAUCUUAACCUUGUUUUGGUGUUGAUUUGACAGAUCUGAACCAUUCAGUGAGUGAUUUACAGUUCAGUUCAUCAAAGCAUAUCAAAAAUAAACAAAAAGGUAGAGCUUUACCCACAUAAUAUUCUGCAGUAGUGAUAAUGGUCAUGCAGUUGUUUAAACUUAUUGAAGUAUUUCUUAUGAAAUUUAGAGGUACUUCCAAAAAGUGAUGGUGAUUUUCAGGCUUUUUUAUGGACACAUCCAUUAGACCCUUUUUGACCCUGUUGUACUAUAAUCAUUCUGUGCUAUCCCAUGGUCAUGAUCUGACCAGCCGUAUGAAAGAAAAACGCUUUAUACUUCCUCCGUGUAAUAUUAGCAGACGCACCUUAAAAAUUAGCUUUUUGCAGAGGUUUCUGAAUGAGGUGUGCAGUGCAUUCUGGGAAUGAAGGCACCGGAUAUUGUCAGCCUUAAUGGGCGAGACGAUGUUCCAGAGUUCUGACCCAUUUAAAAUGUUGCACCCAAGCCCUAGUACAUAGUCUCUUACUGAAGUUCAUUCCCAGCAUGAUGGAUAUGAAGACGAUUUGCAUGCACAAAACUGCACAGGGAUUCGCAUUUUUCAAGAACAGGUUAGCAUAUGAAACAUAGGAUGGACAUGUCUCCUCUACCAGCUUGUUUUGGGUGGUGGAAAUUCAGCGGUCUCUCCUUGAAAUUUAACUUAGUCUCGUCUACUUUGUUGUGUGGGUCAUGUGGUCUGGUAAUGUAAAUAUGACCUUGGUGUACAUAAAUAUGUAAAAUUAAAGGCUGGACAAGAGAAGGAGGGGGGGGCAGUGGUUAUUCCCAGGGGUGAUUAUGCUCUCCAGCUCUAAGCUGAACAGAAGCAGCAUAUUCUUUGACCCUCCAGCAAAUUUUUGUAUCCCAUAUUUGAAGAAAUUGCUAUUAAGAGUUAAUCUACGCCACUCUUGCCAAGGAGUGAUAGAAUUGGCUGAAAUGAAUCUGUGAGGGUGCAGUGUUCUGGGUUCUGUGUCUUGCCGUGUGCCGGAAUUGCGGGCUUUGGUCGUCUUAGUGUACAUGUCUGCUGGCCGUCAUCAGAGCUGAAGCCUGUUCAGAAUGUUGUUGUGAUUCUGUAGGUGUUGAUGUGGGACUCGGGUUUGGUGGUAGCAUGACCCGACUUGGGAAUACCAAAGUCAGCCUGAACACAGGCCUGGUAGCAUCAUUGCUUCACAAGCGCAUGGCCCUCAUUAGCAAGGAGCAUGUCACAGCCUCAGCCAGUGUGGUCCUACAGCAUCACGUGUGGGCGGGGUGUGUGCACAAGGCUGCCCCAUGCGUACUGGGAGACAUGUCUAACACAUCUGCCUAACUAAAGUGUACAUAGAACAGGUCUGAACCUGUAAAUACAUGUAAAAAUAUGAAAUACUACAUUUUAGCUUGAUUGUAACUCAGAAGUGCACCACAGUUUUUAAAAAGGGUGUCGUUUUAUACGCUUGAAGUUUGGUUACAGUUGGAUUUUUCCAUUGGUACUGUGUUGAUACUGAUUAACUAGUAGUUAGAGUAGAGGAGCAGAUAUACCAAAACAGCAAAUGCACCUUGAUAUUGUGUGUGGGGGGGGUGGGGUGGGGGCGGCUGGACACCACACACAGAGGGACCUUGUGUUACUAAAAUGGGAUCUUACUCAAGGGAAAUUUACUGGUCUGGCAUAUGCAGAAUAGUGCAUAGAAAGGUAAGGGAUGAAUGCUCACAGCUAAAUAAUAAAAGCAUCUGAUGUGGAGCAUUUUAGCUGUUUUUUACGGUUAUGAUUUCAUUGAAACUGUGUCCCCAUUUUAGUCAUGCCAGCUCUCCUGCGUGUCCCGUCACCUGGUAUCUCAGCCAUUCACAAAGCCUUCACGUGCCAGAGAGCACUGAGGACAGGGCGUACAUUUCUCACUCCUGUCAUGCCGCUGUCACCCGCUUUAGCCAUUUGUCUUAUGGAGCAUUGGAGUGUGCCCUCUAGUGGUGUUUAAACCACACCUGAAUGUUUCUACUGGCUAAGCCUCUAUACACCACAAUAACAGCCUCUCCCGGUCCCAACCUGUUAAUACUUUGUUACUACUGUGCUUCAGUUUAUCUGUGUUUGAUAAAUCCAGCAUGACUUGUCUAAACUAAAAUACAUUCCAUUUUGUACAUAAUGUGAAGACCUACAAAAUUGUGCUUGAUUGAUUGUGAUUUUUUUUUUCUUUGUGGAGACAAUUCCUGCUACAGAAAACCUUAAAUGUUUCUUUUUAUUUGAUGACUUAAAGUGGUUGUUUAAAAUGUCAGAAUGUCAUUUUAAAGGCACUUAUGAACAGCAUAUCAAGAGUGGUUUUUGUACCUUGGAGAGAAUCCAGUUUAGUUAGCAAGCCGCCUUUAACUGUGUGGAUUUGUCUGACCUUAACUCUGGGAGUUUCAUUCAGGAGGAGAAUGAUGGUGUUUUGACAAACAGACUGUUGGCUACAUUUUGGGUGAUUUGGCUGAAUGUUUCACGUCCUGUUGGCUUGUAACAUGCCACGCCAGCAGCCAGAUGGCACUCGAGCUGCAUGCUGAGAUUUCUUUGCUCUCGUGAUGCUCGCCCUGCAGUGCAUAUGUACCCCCCCUUGUCUUCUUGCAAAAAGCAGGACUGUGAGAUGUCAAUUAACUUAUUGGCAACAUCAGGAGACCUUAAAUAAAAGCUUUUCAAUAUUUCCUUCA